GGUUCGCAGCGCAGGCGGAAGUAGUGCAGGCAAGGUGGCCCCGCAGUGCCGGCGCUGAGCAGUGCAGCAGAGCUGGGUGGUGGCUCCUGCGUCUUGGGGCCCCUGCCGAGAUGCCUCGCUUCGCCCUGACCGUUAUCCGCCAUGGCGAAACAAGAUUUAAUAAGGAGAAAAUCAUUCAAGGGCAAGGAGUAGACGAGCCCCUUUCCGAGACUGGCUUUAAGCAAGCAGCUGCCGCUGGUCGCUUUCUGAACAAUGUGAAGUUUACGCACGCUUUCUCCAGUGAUCUCACCAGGACUAAGCAGACCAUAUGCGGCAUUUUGGAGAAAAGCAAAUUUUGCAAAGACAUGGCGGUGAAGUAUGACCCCAGACUCCGAGAAAGGAAGUAUGGGGUCGUAGAAGGCAAGCCUCUAAGCGAGAUGCGGGCCAUGGCCAGAGCCGCUGGGGAAGAGUGUCCCAUGUUCACUCCACCCGGAGGAGAGACACUCGAGCAGGUGAAAGCACGCGCAAAGGGUUUCUUUAAUUGUAUUUGUCAACUAAUCGUGGGUGAGACGGGCCAGAGAGAAAGCGUCUUCCCUGGGGCUCCAGGCAACUGUCUGGAGAGCUGUUUGGCAGAGGUAUUCCCUGUAGGAAACCGUUUGCACUUGCAUCCUGAUGGUGGCACCCCUGGGUUAGCAGCCAGCAUCUUAGUUGUGAGCCACGGAGCUUACAUGAGAAGCCUCUUUGGUUACCUUCUGAGUGACCUCAAAUGCUCGUUGCCAGCAACACUAGGCAAAUUAGAACUCGCGUCAGUCACUCCCAAUACUGGGAUUAGUGUCUUUAUCGUAGACUGUGAGGAAGGGCUGGAACCGGCAAUUCAGUGUGUUUGUAUGAACUUCCAGGAACAUCUAAACGGAGCGAGCGAAAAGCACUAAGUUUAAAGUCCUUCAUUAAGAAACCUCUGAAGGGAGUGAGUGCCUUGGCCUCUUGCACUCGCGUCCUCGGCUCCUGCCAUUUUAGAAGCAGUUAAGAAUUCAUGUGGCAGAGCCCACUGGGGUCCCGGCUGUAUCAGAUGACAGUGGAGAACCACCCCAAAUCAACCUGGUUUUCCCAGUAGACUUGCCAUUUUCUACAGUAAUGUUGCCACUCUGUUCCAUUAUGUUUCUUAACUAUUAACGUGUCAGGACAUCCAGCAUUUGCACAUUAGGGAAUUAGUAGCCGCCUUCCACAGUCUUCAUUUCAUGGACCUUUUUGGUGUCUAGAUGAUGGUAUUGGCUGCUGAAGAUAAUUGUGUCUUUUCGCUAUUUUAUCAAGUGCUUGCCAGAAAGAAUGGUUUGUGUAAUUCACUGCGUAUUUGCAAUGGUUAUGUCAGAGUCCAAAGUCCUUUAAACUGGCACUUCUUACUGUCAUCAAUGUGUGUAAUGGAAAAUGGAAAAACACUAAAGCAUCUUUCGCAGGAUACAGCAUUGGGUUGUUUUGUGUUUUAAUUCUAAAGGCCUCAAGAUAAAUAUGAAGAACUGGAGGGCUAAGUCAGGGUUAAGAGUAGGUACUUCCUGCUCUCCCAGAAGACCCCAGUUCAGGUCUCAUCACCCAUCUUGGGUGGCUCACAACUGCCUUAACUGCAGCACCAGGGAACCAAUGCCCCCUUCUGGCCUCUGCGGGCACUGGCACAGGCCCAGGAAGCCCCUGGGCAGAAGGCAAACCAGGGGGAAAAUCAAUAAAUUAUUCCUUGCUUCGUAUCCGCCCUGCAUGUGCAGCCUUUCUAGCUGAGGGAUGAUCUAAAGUAAACCCAGACUGGCAUCCAGAAAAGAUGCUGAAAAAUGGCCUCCAGAAGGAACAGAUAAGUGGCUUUCUUUCCCCCAGAUGGCGCUAUAGGAAAGGGAUUUUGAUUGCCCCUUAGGAAUCCUUAUCUGAGAAAAUGAUUAACUGCUGAGACUUCGAGGCACAAGUCACAGUAUCAGGGAGAGGAAUUGGGUGGGGGAAAUGUAAUUGUAACCCUGAACCAUGCUGUGGAGGCGCUGGAAGCAGCUAGUGGGAUUGAGAGCUUAUUGAACAGUAGGCACCAAGCGUAAGACGCCUAGGAAAACAGUAAAGUUCACCUGCAAAGGAAUGCACAGGUCAAGGCUUGCCACAACCUGUCUGGACACUGUGCGGAGCUGGUGCCAACACUUGCAUGCUGGUAACUAAAAACUAAGGGUUUAUUUGGGACUCCAAAUGCAUGUGUGCCAUGAACAGAAACGUUGCUAACACCAUGAGUCCAGAGUGUGGCCCUGUCCCAAGAAACUCAAGGAGUAAUUAAGGAGGCCACAGGAAAGUUGCCCUAUUGGUGCCAAAGCUCCAGCUCAAAAAUCAUGUUAGCAUUUGGGGCAAGAAUCGCCACAAGAGACUUCAGUCAAGCCUAAGACUAUGGGUUUUGAUUCUGUUCCCACUCCUGGAGAGGUUGUUUUUUGUUUGUUUGGUUUUGGCCUCAAGACUCCAGUGUCAGGCAUGUCGUCCAGAUAACAGUUCUGACAGCAAGUGUGCUGGGCUGGGUUCAUCUGCGGUUUCACACAUGUCUGACCCGAGUCUCUGAUGCGUCCCCCAACCGUGAUUUCUCCUCUUACCGGGCUCUAUUUUCCCCUCCCUAAAACUAGAAAAUAAGGUGUUACAUCUUGAACAUGCUAAAAGGAAUAAAAAACUGUAAAUAUUGACAGAAAAAUGCAUAAUGGAUAAACUACUUUAAAGCAGUAUCAAGGUGUCAUUUUGAUCUGAAAUCAGGUGAGAAGAAACAGAGAACCUUUGCCUUCUCAGUAUUAACCAAAAACCAGGGUACCGGUCAUCCUCCUUAGCUCCCAUCCACCCCCCAGGCGACCAGAGAUGAAUUAGCACACAUCUUGAUUCUUGUUGGGCUGCAUCCUAACUCUCCAGUGCCUCUGUUCGGCUAUAUAGAUUUGUUACAAAGAUUCUUUUUAGCAGUUUCAGGUUUAUGGAAAAGUAGAAAGUUCACCUCCACAUCCUCCUCCCAGUUACCGUAGUGUGUUUAAAGGAAGUCUAUCUGAAUGAAGGCUUCCACAUGCCAGUUUUGAGUGACCAUCCUGAUGCUUGCGUGGAUCUCAGGCCACAGGAGGAGUGUGGAGUGUCCAGUGAAGGACAUGUCCUUUGAUAUCUGUGUUGCAAAUCAAGUGUGUUCAUGCCAUCCUUGGUUGUGCUCAGAACAGCCUGCGUUUUCUAGAGUGUUGGACCCGGCAUGAAGUUGAGUGCUAGAGGAGAGUGUUAUAAAAACCCAAGGGGUUUGGAGUUGUCAUAUGUUACUCAGUGGCCCCAGUUUCCAUCCUCAGCACUGGGGAAAAAAGAACACAAAGGGGGGGGACCCUGCCCUUUAAAAAAGAACCCAGGGUUAGUGGGUAGAGACCCCUUAGCCAGCUAUCCAGUGCAGCCCAAGCAGUGGCCCCAGUUUCCAUCCUCAGCACUGGGGAAAAAAGAACACAAAGGGGGGGACCCUGCCCUUUAAAAAAGAACCCAGGGUUAGUGGGUAGAGACCCCUUAGCCAGCUCUCCAGUGCAGCCCAAGCACAGGGCACCACAUUAAGUUCUCUGGUUCUUUCAACUUCUCCCGGUGUGUAUGAGGCAAGUGUUCUGACACCUUUCAAAUGUACAUAAAUACCCAACUGUCUAUAUUCCUCAUUUUUGCCCAUGUUGUUUGGGACAUUAUUUAUUUGGGAAUGUAUGUAUCUAUUUAAUUGUAACAACUUCUAUUGAAUAAAUAAAGCACCUUUUGUGUA